CGGCCGCAAGUGCGAAAGGGCGGAUCAUCGCGAUAUCGCGCCGGCACGUGUGCGGAACACCGGUGGACCACCUGGCCACGGCUCGGACUUUUUCCACGUUUUCCGGCUCGUAUGCGCAGAGAGUUCAUUGCGAACUGUCAGGUGGCAAACGGGACUACGAAUGUGACGACACGAUGAUGCGAGACUCGCAACGACGGAGAGACCAUUCUCGCGCUGUAAAGCAGCGGAUCUCGAGGGUGGUCCUCCAAGUCCUGUUAAUUCAAAAUUUCGUUACCUUCACAACUGUUGCUCAAAUAGCCGAAUGUCCUCCGACGGAAGUAAUUCCGGGCUGUCCUUGCUAUAACUUUGAAGACGGUCUCUUCCUGGAAUGCGCUGGCGCUACGGAAGAGACUUUAAGAACCACAUUGCAAGGCGUGCUUAGUGCAAGCGGCACAGGUACGAUGGUGCAGUCGUUGAGCGUUUACGAGCUGGACAAAGGCAUCGAGGAGCUGAAGGAGGUCGCUUUCCCGGCCGGCUCGCAAAUCAGGCACCUGCAGAUAUCCCACUCGUCUUUGCGGGAGGUGAGCGAGAGCGCGUUCACGAACCUGAAGGACAGCCUGGAGUCGUUGGCGCUGGUAUCCGGUCGCUUGCCCCACGUGCCUCAGAAAUCAUUAGCCGAGCUGCGGAAGCUGGCCGCGCUGGACCUCGAGACGAACCUGAUACAGGACCUCUCGUCCUAUUGCUUCUACGGAUUGAAGCUGAUGAAACUGACGCUGAAGGGCAACCAGAUAUCGAAGAUCUCCGAGUACGCGUUCGCCGGCCUGGAGGACAGUCUGAGCGACCUGGAUCUGGCGGAGAACAAACUCAAGCUCUUCCCGAUGGCUCCCCUGAGGAGGCUGGAGAGUCUGGCCUCGCUGAGGCUCGCGUGGAACGAGAUCUCGGAGCUGCCGGACGACGGUUACAGCCUGCUCAGCUCCCUGCUGUUCCUCGAUUUGAGCAGCAACAAUUUCGAGAAGCUCGCCGAGGACUGCUUCCGGCCCUGCCCGAUCCUCCACACGCUCUCUCUCUACUACAACUCCAUCGAGAGCAUUCACAAGGACGCGUUCGUGUCGCUGAAGGACCUCGAGUCGAUCGACCUGAGCCACAACAAAAUAGUCUUCCUCGACGUGGCGACGUUCAAGGGGAACGAGCGGCUGCGCACGAUCGAGCUCAGUCACAACCACAUCCACUACAUCGGCGGCGUGUUCGCGCGGCUGCCCGAGCUGCGGGAGCUUUAUUUGGCGGAAAACAAUAUUCUGGAGAUCCCCGGGGACGCGUUCGCCGGCAGUGUCAGCCUCGCGGUAGUUUACCUACAGCAGAACGCCAUCCGGAGAAUCGACGCGAAGGGCCUGACGAGUCUCGCGCAGCUGGCCCAAUUGCAUCUGAGCAACAACUACAUCGAGCGGGUGCCGCGGGAAUUCCUCGAGCACUGCGAGAACCUCUCGUCGCUCUCUCUGGACGGUAACAAGAUUCGCGAGUUGCAGCCGGGCACCUUCCUCAAGCUGCACCAGCUGCGGGAGCUGCGACUGCAGGAUAAUCACAUAACGGAGGUGAGGCGCGGCGUCUUCACGCCGCUGCCGGCCCUCCUCGAGCUCCACCUGCAAAACAACGCGAUCACCUCGAUGGAGACGGGCGCGCUGCGGACGCUGAACAGCCUCCAGCACGUUAAUCUCCAAGGCAAUCAGCUGACCAUGCUCGGCGACGUCUUUCAGCUCUCCGCCACGGAGUCGUCGUCCGGCGGCAGCUCUUUGGUGUCCAUUCAGUUGGACAGUAACGGCCUGGCCGUGCUGCACAACGACUCCCUGCGCGGCCAAGCGUCCGUGCGCAUCAUGUGGCUCGGCCACAACAAGCUCACGCAUCUGCAGGCGCCCCUUUUCCGGGACCUCCUCUUGGUCGAGCGGCUUUAUCUCACGAACAAUUCGAUAUCCAGGAUCGAGGACGCCGCCUUUCAGCCUAUGCAGGCUCUCAAGUUCCUCGAGCUCAGCAUGAACCGGCUGAGCCACGUGACAGCGCGAACGUUCUCGGAGCUGCACGAGCUCGAGGAGCUCUACCUGCGGGACAACGGGCUCAGGCGGCUCGAUCCUUACGCGCUCACCGCUCUCAAGAAGCUGAAAGUGCUCGACCUGGCGAAUAAUUAUCUCACCAUUCUGCAGGACGCGAUCUUCCAGGAGGACCUGCCGAUCCGCACGCUCAACCUGAAGAACUGCUCGAUCGCCACGAUCGAGAACGGGGCGUUUCGCGGGCUGAACAACCUGUUCGAUCUGAAUCUCGACGAGAAUCUGCUCACGGCGUCGGCGCUGCUGCGUCUCCACGUGUCCGGCCUGCGGACGCUCGCCGCGUCCGGCAACAAUUUCAGCCAGAUCACGGAGCACAGUUUCAACGGGCUGCCGUCGUUGCAGGAGCUCUUCCUCGACGACUCGCAGAUCAGCCAGCUGCCGGAGACGAUUUUCGUGCUGAACCGCAAUCUGGCGCGCCUCCACCUGAAUCGGAAUCACCUGCGCGCCCUGCCGCCGGGCAUCUUCGACCGGCUGCUGUCGCUGCGGGAGAUCCGGCUGGAUCGCAACCGCUUCCAGGACAUCCCGUACUCGGCGCUCUCGAGCGCGCUCAACCUCGAGACCCUCACCUUGUCCACGAACGAGCUCCUCAACGUCGACGUCGCGAGCUUCGCCAGUCUGAAGCACCUGCGGGAGCUGGAUCUGAGCCGCAACAAGAUCGAGACGAUGUCGGGCUUCGCGAUGGCCAAUUUGUCGCGGCUCAUCUCGGCGGACCUCAGUCACAAUUAUCUCACCGCACUGCCGGCCAACUUCUUCGCGCAUUCCUCCUCGUUACGCAGGGUCGACCUGUCGGAGAAUAAAUUCCGACAGAUACCCGCGGUGGCUCUCUCGGGCCAGAACCUGCCCAGUCUCGCGUGGCUGAAUCUCACGCGGAACCCGCUAAACAGGAUCCACGACCUGCCCUCCGAGGCGAUGUAUCCCAUUCUGAAGGAAGUGCACAUAUCCGGCACUAACCUCAGUAUCGUGACCUCGCAGGACUUCGAGGCCUUCCCGGCGCUCCUGCACCUCUAUCUCGGUCAGAAUUGCAUCCUGCGAGUGUCGCCGGGCGCGUUUCGCAGCCUGCCCAAGUUGCUCACCCUUCACCUCGGCAUGAACAGCCUGGAGAUCCUGCCGAAGGAGCGGUUGCAGGGCAUGGAGCACUUGCGCAUACUCAAUUUGACGCACAACCGUCUGAAAGAGCUGGAGGAAUUCCCGGAGGAUCUCAAGUCCCUGCAGAUACUGGAUCUGUCGUACAAUCAGAUCGGCAUCGUCGGCAAAGUGACGUUCAAGAAUUUAAUUAGCCUGGUCGAGCUGCACCUUUACGGUAACUGGAUAAACGCCAUCUCCAGCGAGGCGUUCAGGCCUCUGAAGAAGCUGCGCCUACUCGACCUCAGUAGGAAUUACUUGGAGAAUCUGCCGUUGAACGCUUUCCGGCCACUCGAGACGCAAAUAAGGAGUUUGCGGGCUGAAGAGAACCCCUUACAUUGCGGCUGCGAGUCGCAGGAGUUGUGGGAAUGGCUGAGAGAUCAUCAGAAAUUGGUGAGCGGGGUCGGCGGUGGUCGCAGCCGCGGAAGAAAUGGUGUCGGAGUCGGUGACGUCGAGGGCGGUUUGUUAAGAUGCGAGCAGCCACCCGAGCUCCGGGGUCUCGUCUUCCUCGAUCUUGACCCCCACGCCUUCUGUUCCGCUCCGCUGGUCCUGAAACUCGCAAUUCAGGACAUUCAGCCCUUCUCCGUUCUAGUAUCGUGGCAGAGCAGAAACCAUUCCGGCCUCCACGGGUACCAAGUGGCGUACCACGCCUUGGACAAUGUCGACGAGGUACGAGGCAAACUGCUGGACCCGAAGGCACGUUCGGUGAGAUUGACGAAGUUGGCGUCCGACACGCGCUACCUGAUCUGCGUACUCGGCUUGGGCAGCUGGGGCACGCCAAUCCCGGAGGAUAUCGGCUCCUGGCAGUGGAACGCGUCGCACGACGACGUGAUCGAAGGGUCCUCGCUGCCGGUGAUGGUGAACUCACCCACCAGCCGAUGCACGGAGGUCAGAACUUUGGACGCGCCCGAUUCGAUAGUGGGCGACGGCACGGUGAGCGACAGGGGCGGUAUCGCGAGUAUCCUCACGAGACGGCUGGGUCUCAUCGUCGGCAGUUGCAUGGGCUUCGUCGUGUUCGUCGUGCUGAUCUCCGUCCUCGGAUACAUGAAAAUGAAGAAACAGCGCGCGACGAUCAAGCGGGAUCAGCCGUUGUCCGCGAAUCCGCCGGAGUACAUGUCCUACCGGCACUUCUCCUUGCAGAGCGGCGACCGGGCGGAGAACGCCUGUCCGAGUUUCAUCAGUAACAUCGGGCCCGCUCCGCUCGGCUCGUAGCAGAAGGCGAAGGAGUCUCGUAAAGAGGCCGCCCAACACGACAUCGAGAUGAAAACCGUGUCGACCUGCACCAGUAUCUACAGCUAAUAAUCACGCGGCUACGCCGAGCUGCUCCGAGGAGGAAGGACGUUCCGGUGCGGUUAACGAGGAUACGACUCUUGGCACUCUCGGCGCGUCUUUCGAAUCACGAGAAAUCGCACAAGGUCGACUCCGCACGGCGGUCGCGCGUCGAUCGACGCGACUUCUCCCUUACCUCCGCUCGCCGAGGCGGACGUUGUGAGACUCGCACAUAGCGAACGAUCAAACGCGCGAAAGCACGCCGAUCGGCGAGACUUUUCAAUCAGUAGUAGCGUUUCAACACGUAGGGAAUUUUUUGUACGACCACGACGUCGCCCGGGAUCGCGACGUCACCGCUCCUCCCGCGAAUCGCGCUCGUCUUGCGCGCGCGAAAGGGGAUGCGCGAUUCAGCGAAGUGCCAAAAUGGAAGGAAGAGGAGGGAGAAAGAUGAGAAGGAGGAAGUAGGAUGAAGAGAGAAACGUGUCGGAAAUUUUUUCUCGCGAACCGCCGCGACUCGGCCGUAAACGCGCGCGCGCGCGACUUCCACACCGGGAACAUCGAGCGACUUAAUCUUAUUAUCGCGCACCGGCGAGAAGCGCCGGUGGGCGCGACUUAGGCACGUCGUUUAGCGUUUAAAGCCCGUGCCAAAAGACGGGACGCGUUUCACGCGCGCGCGAGAAUCCGAGGACUUCCUGUGAGAGAGAGAGAGAGAGAAAAUCAAACCGGGAGCGGCAGCGCGAAUUAGUACUUUCGACAGGAGACUUCACCGGAGGUAAUUCUUUGCGGGGAUCCUUUCGUUACGUUUUUUUUCUACAACGCGGAAACCGUCCAUUAACGAGGACGGACCGGCCCGCUGCUUUACGAAAACCGAGCAACGACGUAUCGACGACCCUCUCUACGAAACUUUUCGAAUCUCUCGUACGAAGACUGAUUUUUUAAGCCGUUCGACGUUUCUUUUCUACAAUUCCGGAAACUCGUCUAUGUACCAUACUGUGUGUGACGCGUACACACACAUACACACACAUGCAUUCUCACAUGCAGACACGCACACACGCAUACACACUCGACAUUUUUGUAAAUAACGUAAAGCAUCGCCACUUAACGAUGUCCGUGCUGGUGUGUAUCCAUGAAAUUCAUCUUUAUAGUGCUGCGCAAGCAAUAUUACACUUAUUCGUAUCGAUAGUUCUAACGAUCAGCACUAACGUAAUUAAGGGGAAGCGAUCCGCGCGAGAAAGGCUUCACCUCGUCGUCCUUAGAGCAUCGCGAUGGGAGAGAUCUCGCGGAACUAUCGCGAUCUAGCCUCCUCGAUUUUGAUAAUAUCACGUUACGAGGCGGAUCUGUGAGACACCGGGAGAUACUCGAGCGACGAGCACGUUCGACAUUCUCGAAUCGCGAGAGACUAAGUGUGAUUCCUGCCAAAAGAAAAAAAAAAAAA